AUGGUUGUCCAGCCCAUCGAGACCUUCCAGCGCGAAUACACCAUCCCCGCUCACCUCCGCCACACCGCAGAUGAGCCGCUUUCUUACAAGGCAAGCACUCGUCUCCGCCAGAUGCUUGCUCGCCCUGGUAUCGUUGUUGCCCCUGGUGUAUGCGACGGUAUCAGCGCCCGCUGCGCUCUUGAAGCUGGUUUCGACUGCCUCUACCAGAGUGGAGCUGCUACUACCGCUGCCAAGCUUGGCAUGCCCGAUCUUGCUAUUGCAACAUUGCCUGACUUUGUUCAAAACGCCAGCAUGAUCACUGGUCUCAGCUACUCUACCCCGCUCAUUGCCGACGCCGACACUGGCUUCGGCGGGCCUGCGAUGGUAGCUCGCACAGUGCAAAUGUACGACCGGGCCGGUGUGGCAGGUCUCCACAUCGAAGAUCAGGUUCAAACUAAGCGAUGUGGCCAUUUGCUUGGCAAGCAGGUCGUCUCCACCGAGGAGUUCGUGACCCGUAUCCGUGCAGCUGUCCAGGCUCGCGACGCCAUUCCGGGAAGCGACAUUGUCAUCAUUGCCCGUACCGACUCUGCUCAGGUGCUCGGUAUGGACGAGGCUAUCCGCCGCUUGCAAGCAGCUGCCUCUGUCGGUGCUGAUGUAGCGUUCAUCGAGGGUGUGAAGACCAAGGAGCUGCUCGAAAAGACCGUGAAAGCUCUCCACCCCACUCCCGUUCUUGUAAAUGUCAUUUCAGGUGGUCUGACCCCCUCAUUCACUACUAAGGAGGCCGAGGAAAUGGGUGCAAAGAUCAUCAUCUUCUCCCUUGUGUCUUGUGUCGCAGCCGCCCACGGAAUCCGUGAAGCAAUGGCGCUCUUGAAGAAGACUGGAACCGACCACACCUCGGCCCGUGGAAUGGACCCACGCAAGUUCUUCGAGGUUGUUGGCCUGGACGAGGUGAUCGAGAUUGAUAGGCGUGCAGGUGGCACUGCUCUCAGCUCCAUCUAA